CGGCAAAUAAGCACAUUGGUCCUCCUUAACAAAACCCCCAUAUCCAUCCCAACCCUUCAAGAAAGGUGGUCACGAAGGUGGCAUAUGGAAAGGCAGUGUACUAGUUUUCCCCUCUAGGAGCAGCCUCAACCAUGUUCAGGCACAUGAGAGAUGCGAGGUUAACAGGAACACCUCUUUGAGCUUGCACAAGGAUAAAAAAGUCAAGUUUACGAAUAAUCGAAUGACCACGGUACCUUGGCAGGAAACAGUUGACGAUCAUCCAGUGGAGGAAUCGAAGAGGAUCUGGGAGGAAAGAAGCCUGGAUGCGCCCCUUCGUGAGUUUCGCCUGUUCAACUUCAAACUCAACAUCGUACAGCCGCCCAAGAUCGCUUCUGCUCUCAAUGGGGUGUCCUCCGGUGGGAGAUCGAGGAUCUCAGCAAACUGAUGAGGCUGGAAGCAGACUCUAUGUACCAGGAAGAUCGACACAAGAUGAGAAUCACAGGGACCAGAAAGCUCUAAAUUGUGGUAUAACUUCCUCACCACAUGGGGGCAGUAACUGAUGCUUCCUCGACUCCGGAGAUCAAAGAAUUUUUUAUUAACUUCUUCACUUCUUGAGGGAAAGGACUUAGGUGGAUGAACUCAUACUCGGCCACAAUUGCUGUUUUGCUUGUAAAUGAAAGAUAGUCACCAAGACUUGCGGUGGAUCGGCAGUCUUCGUUUGAUAGAGAUAGUAUCCCCAUUUCCGCAAACAAUUUACCUUUGUUUGCCAUGGAGUCUGGAGGAAGAAGGUACAAGGGAAGGUGAAGAUGGAGGAAAGAGAGAAUGUAGGUGUAAGAAAAAGUGAUCGUGGGG